UUUUGCAGAUUAUGUGCACAGUUUAAUUCGAGUAUUUUCUUAAUACAUCUAACUAAUUUAUUUAUUUAUUUGUUAUUAUAAAUUUAUUAUAAGAAAUAUUUAAAAAAAUCCACUCAGGGUUUGCUGGAAGAGAACCCUUACAGAGUUAAGCUCGCCUGUUGUACAUCUUUAUUUUAUAUAUAUUAUAUGUUGUAAUUUUUUAUGUACAAUAAAGAAUAAACAAAUAAAUAAAUAAAAUUUUAAUAAAUUAACAGUGUAAGAGAACAAAGAUGUGAUUAAUUACGUUAAAAAGACGAAUUUAUUGUAAACUGAUAAAGCAAUGAUUGAAAAUGUUCUGCAGCGGAGAAAUCAAGGAAUAAUGUUAAAAUGUUUUCGAAGAUUGUAAUAUCAAUUGUGAUACUGAUUUAUGCACUAAACAUGGUACAAGCAUCUACAGUGAUAGACAGUUUGAGUCAAAAAGGUAUUUACAUAUCGGAUUACUGUCCGAAAAUGAAAUAUUGUGAGGAGGGCUCCCACGUUAUGUGUAUGUACUACAAUCCAGACCAAAUUAUGGGCCCUCGCUGCAGCAGAGCGUAUAACGUGUCCAUAACACCGGAUCUGGCUAACAAGCUGCUAGAAGUGUCGAACGCUGUCAGAAGUAAAAUCGCCCUAGGCAAGGAAAGGGGCAAAGACGGUGAUUAUCUCCCGAGGGGCUACGGUAUAUUCAGAUUGCAAUGGGAUAACGAGCUAGCGACUUUCGCGCAAGUUUUAGCCAACCAGUGCGUCUUAAGACAUGACAUGUGCAGAGCGACUAAAAAGUUCCCGGAUCCCGGUCAAACGGCAGGCCUCGUACGAUUUUCGUAUCCCGACUGGUACCCCGUCUCCAAAGCUGGUCACUUCACCAAGCCAGGGUUGUCAGCUUCCAAAUUACUAUACGCUGUCAUCCAGACCCUGAAGUCUUGGUACGGGCAGAAGGGAGCUGUGACCGCUAACAUGAUCACCAGUUAUCCAGAUUGGUCGCAGAACCCAAACAACCAGGCCGGCAGACUAUACUUGGAGAUGAUUUACGGACCAGCCACACACAUGGGCUGCGGUAUAUCUGCGUACACGGAAUAUGCCUACUACGACAAUCACGCUGCUCUUAACUAUAACUCGGUACAAGUAAUCUGCAAUUACUCAGCUCGAUCCCGUAAAGGUGGUUCAGUCUACGACACCGCUGUACCUCGGAGUAAUUCAACCUCGGAGUUUACCAUCCGCUGCGGCUGCCCACGAGGAUCUGAUGAAGACGCCGACUGCUUGUGCUACAACACACCCAAGAAGGAUGUGACUUCUCUAAAAAUAAAGACAUAUUCCAACAACGAUCUUGACUGUAACCCAUCUGUAGUUCUGUUGCCAAUCUUCACAGUAGAGGACGCUCCCUCCCAUAAAUUGAUUAAUGGCCAUGAGAACGAACGAAACACAACACUUCGGGAUAAUUUAAUGGAUGUACUCGACUUCGAAGAAACAAGUCUCAGUAUGUCCACAAAAGAGCCUCACAUUCAUAGAAUAUUAAAUGGAAUAAUUAACAGCCCACGUCCGAAAAUGACGCUACCCAGCCGACCAUUAAAGCGAGUGACUAGUGUAAAAAAUCGAUAUUUCACAAAGAAAUCCGUAAUCCCGGAUCGUCAGCACCAUCACAAGCAAUCUCCACGACCCUCCUCCGGUCACGUCUCGAGUAAAAGAAGCAGCAUAUUUUCACGUACCACAAUAUUCGAAAUGCCGAAACAUAAGGAAAAUACUCGGCUGAAAAUUCUGCGAGAUAUUAAAAAGGAUGUCAUUCCGAGGAAAGAUUUCACAAAUGUAAAAAACCUCGUCAGAAUUUACAUGAAAGAUAGACGAAACAAAAUUGGAGUAAAUCAAGAUGCAUCUAUUAGGAGUGAACAGAAAAUUCGCGAGAACAAACUUGACGUACAGCAUAAACAAAUUUUAAGAAUAAAAGUUACGACAGAAUCAUUUUUGAAUACUGCGGAAGAAGAAAUCAUAAAUGAUUAUCAUUAUUUAAAAGGAAACUUUCAACCCAAUACCACAAGUGAAGUUCCUACAGAAAAACAGCUAAAUAUAAUAAGCUCUCAUGAAGAGGGUGAUAAAAAACUAAUGACGUUGCUUGAUAAACUAGAGCAAGAAGUUAAACAUAUCGAAUUGCAUGGCAACAAAAAAGAUAUAUUUGAUGCGAAAAUAAGAAAAAUUUAUAAUCACGUUAUAGGUAAACCCGUAAAUCUUAUAUCAAAGCAAGCAGAUAUUUUGAAAAGAGAUACUUCAUAUAAUGAAAUCUCAAAUAAAUUCUUUAAAAAUAAUGUAUCUAAUGAUAAAGAAAUUAUGGUAGAAUAUGAUAAAGAGAAUAAGAGUCACAAAGAUAUUGAAGAAAUUGGAACUAGAAAUUUAAAAAUGAAUAUGAACGAAGCACUUAAUGAAGGCAAACAUAAUAUGAGACCUGUUUCUAAAAUAACAAAUCAAAACACAUUAACGUCACGUGACGAAAAAACUGGUACAGAAUAUAGAAAUUUAAGAAAGAAUUAUGAUGAUGAAAUUAUAAAUAAACAUCAUUAUGAAAAGAUAGCGAGAGACAACCAUGAAAGGUUGUAUGAUGAUCAAGAAUUGAAUAAGAAAAGAUAUAGUAAUAGGGAUGAUAUAAGAAAUAUUUAUAGAAGAAACGAUAAAAGUUCAAAAUACCUUUAUGAUGAUGAAAUUUUCAAUAACAGAAAUCAUAUUGAAUAUGACGACGUGUUGGGGCCGGAGCGGAGACAAUAUUAUCAGGAUAAACUUGAUAAUUUGGAGAGAAAAAUUCAGAAUACCCGAAAUUUUAGACACAGGAGUAUACAGGAAAACAACCGUCAUGUUCGUCGGAUGAGACCAACAAACCAAAAUAACUUGCGCUCGAGACGAAUUAGAACCCAAAUGGAACCAUUGUAUAUGCCAGAUAGAGCGAGAUUUUUGCAUGGAUUCUAA